AUUGCGCUGCUGGUGAUUCUAGUUGUUUGUUCACUCAUCACUAUGUCUGUCAUUCUUUUAACCCCAGAUGAGCUUGCAAAUUCAUCAGAAACAAGAUUGUCCUUGGAGGAUCUCUUCAGGAAAGAGUUUGUAGUUCAUAAUCCUGAAGCCAAGUGGAUUAAUGAUACAGAACUGGUGUAUAAAAAUAGGAAUGGACAUGUUAUUGAACUGAAUGUAGAAACAAAUACAACUACAUUAUUAUUGGAAAAUACAACUUUUGUAACUUUCAAAGCAUCAAGAUACUCAGUUUCGCCAGACUUAAGAUUUGUUCUUCUUGCCUACGAUGUUAAACAGUUGUCACAUCACGCAUCAGUGCAUAUGCAUUCGCCUACCUUAUUUAUAAUUCUCAUGCUUUCUUUUUCUUCACAGGUUUUUCAUUAUUCUUAUACAGCUUCAUAUGUGAUUUAUAACAUACACACAAGGGAAGUUUGGGAGUUAAACCCUCCAGAAGUAGAGGAUUCAGUUUUACAGUAUGCAGCAUGGGGCAUCCAAGGACAGCAACUGAUUUAUAUUUUUGAAAAUAACAUCUACUAUCAGCCUGAUGUCAAGAGUAGCUCAUUGCGCCUGACAUCUUCAGGAAAAGAGGGAAUAAUUUUUAAUGGAAUUGCAGACUGGUUAUAUGAAGAGGAACUUCUUCAUGCUCACGUUGCCCACUGGUGGUCUCCAGAUGGUGAAAGGCUGGCAUUCCUGACAAUAAAUGACUCUCUGGUACCAAACAUGGUUAUUCCUCGGUUUACUGGAGGUCUGUACCCGAAAGGAAAGCAGUAUCCGUACCCUAAGGCAGGUCAAACAAAUCCAACAGUAAAGCUGUUUGUAGUUAAUCUGUAUGGACCAGCACAUACACUGGAACUGAUGCCACCUGACAGCUUUAAAUCAAGGGAAUAUUAUAUCACCAUGGUGAAAUGGAUAAGCAACACCAAGGCUGUGGUGAGAUGGCUGAACAGACCUCAGAAUAUCUCCAUCCUCACGGUUUGUGAAGCCACGACUGGGGCUUGCAGCAGGAAAUACGAGAUGCAGUCAGAUGUGUGGCUUCCUAAACAGAAUGAAGAACCUGUUUUCUCCAAGGACGGCAGUAAGUUCUUCAUGACUGUCCCAGUGAAGCAGGGAGGCCGAGGCGAAUUUCACCACAUAGCCAUGUUUAUUGUUCAGGCCAAAAGUGAACAAAUCAGUGUGAGACACCUAACAUCGGGAAACUGGGAAGUUAUCAAAAUCCUGGCGUAUGAUGAAAAUACCCAAAAGAUUUAUUUUUUAAGCACUGAAGAAUCCCCAAGAGGAAGACAGCUACAUAGUGUAUCAACAGUGGGAUCAUUGAAUCGCCAGUGUCUCUCAUGCAGCUUCCUGAAAGACCAGUGCACAUACUUCAGUGCAAAGUUUAGCCCCAUGAAUAGGCAUUUUUUACUGCACUGUAAAGGGCCAGGAGUUCCAGUUGUUAGUGUGCACAGUACAAGUAAUACUGGAAAGUUUUACAUAUUAGAGGAUAAUGCUGUGUUGAAAGAAGCUGUUUUAAAGAAAAAGAAUUCCAGGACAGAAAUUAAAAUGCUUCACAUUGAGGAUUACGAACUCCCUUUACAGUUGUCACUGCCAAAAGAUUUCACGGAUCGAAACCAGUAUGCCCUUCUAUUAAUAAUUGAUGAAGCUCCAGGCAGCCAGUUGGUUACAGAUAAGUUUCACAUUGACUGGGACUCAGUGCUUGUCAACUCUGAUAAUGUCAUCGUAGCUCGAUUCGAUGGCAGAGGGAGUGGAUUUCAAGGCCUUAAGAUCCUGCAGGAAGUCCACCGGUGCUUGGGAUCAGUGGAAGUGAAGGACCAAAUAGCAGCCGUAGAAUCCUUACUGAAACAACCAUUCAUUGAUCCUAAGAGACUGAGUAUAUUUGGAAAGGGAUACGGCGGCUACAUUACAUCAAUGAUCCUGAAAUCCAGUGAACGGCUUUUCAAAUGUGGAGCCGUGGUGGCACCAAUUACAGACAUGAAGCUGUAUGCAUCAGCCUUUUCAGAAAGAUACCUGGGUAUUCCUUCAAAAGAGGAAAAUACCUAUCAGGCAUCCAGCGUAUUACACAAUCUUCAUGGUUUAAAAGAAGCAAAUUUGCUCAUAGUUCACGGGACAGCCGAUAUGAAAGUCCACUUCCAGCAUUCGGCAGAACUAAUUAAACAUCUAAUAAAAGCUGGAGUUAAUUACACUAUGCAGAUCUACCCAGAUGAAGGUCAUAACAUUGCUUCUGAGAAAGGCAAAUAUCACCUUUACAGCACAAUCCUUGGGUUUUUUAGUGCUUGUUUAAAGGAGGAGACACCAAUUCUACCACAGGAACCUGAAGAGGAUGAAUAAGGAAGCCUGUUUGUGUAGUACUAAAUGGGGAUAUGCUUUGCAGCUCAAUAAAACCUUAAAUAAAAGUGACUGUAAGAUUGCAGAUUCUGCAGAAGCUCAAGGGCAGCUAAAGGAUAUCACAGCGGAACAGCACAUUUAGAGACAAUGAGCUAACAAACUGGAAUUCAAAUACAAAGUCCAAACAUAUUACCAAGGGACAAAACCUUUACCUUUGUGGAAGGUCAACAGUUGGUUAGUUUCCUGGAAGAACUUAGUUUUGCAUAAGUGUAGGGUUAGUGCAUGUUUGUUAUGUUAAGCCUCACUGUUGGUUCUGUAAGUGAUUGCUCGUUUUUUUAAUUUAA